AUGUCACGGGACUGUUUUCCGUGAACUGAAAUUUGAGAUUCGGAUGUGAAUUGGAGUCGACAACACAAAGAGAGUGAUUUGGUGGCGAUGUUUUGGAGGUCGAAGGAGGCAAAACAGAGUUCUGAAGCAGCUGGGCCUGUUGAAGAGGUUUCGCAGCACACAUUGAACCUACCUGACGAUCUAUUGCAGUUUUUGCAAAGCCAAACACCAAGAGACAAGAUUGACUAUUCGCUAGACUUGACUGAAGAUGGACUUUCCAAUAGACACCAAUAUAAACAGACCAAACAAGUAAAGCUGUAUCUCGAGAGCAAUCCAGAAAAUGCAGUCAUGAAGGAAAACUGCUCACUAGUUCAGCAGAGAAUAAGAGAUUGUAUUAAAUCACAGUCAGCAUUGAAAUCAUACAGAUGUCUCCAGAUGACUGAGCUAUACAAAGAAUGUUUGGCAGUUCAGGAGUUUGCAUUGAAGGAUUUGGGCUAUAACAGGUCUCAAUCAGUUGAGCAGGCAGAGAAAAUUCAGGGAAUAGCCGACGACUUGUAUGUCAAAUACUAUGGCGAACAAGGCGAGAUAGUUGAUCAACAUCAAAGAGACGAAUUCUGUCAUGAGGUUGCAGAAAUGAAAUAUAAGAUAUGGGAUUCCAAUAUUCGCAAGUAAUUUCUGCAAAAUUCCGUUAUUCCAAUUCUGUAUAUAUGCUUUGUAUCUAUAAUAUAACACUAUCGAAAAAUAUCACAACCAAGAAGCUACAGUGUAUUUACGUUUGGUUGAGAAAGGCAUGAUCUGUAUGAAUAUAUUUUUUUCUACCAAAAAUCGACACUCAAUUUUUUGUUGAUUAAAUAAGAAACCUAAGAAAAGCCGAUAAUGAGUUGAGCCUUAUAUUACUACUACAAUUUUCUGCUAAAUUGGAGG